UAGGUAGUUGCAUACACUCAUAUAUGUGGCAAGAACUGUCACAAAAUAAACAUAUGGCACACAGCCAAACAAAAACAAAAAGAAACGAGUCGUGUCACUUUCCACCAUACGAAUUGCAACUACCAGGUGCCAGUGGCUGUCAGUUCAUUGUUGGUAUUGCACUGGGAAAGAUACAUGUAGAAUUUUCGUCAUUUAUUUUUACCUAUAUUCCUAAUUGUUAUGUCAUACGUUUUAUGAAUUUGUUAACAUAAUGGAUAGAAACAGAUUAAAGAAAAAGAAACAACGCGCAAAAAGAGAAUUAACUGGAGAUUGGCCAGAUGAUAAAGUAAGAGAACUGAUUUAUAAUGUAGAAAUAAGACCAGAACUAUGGGAUGUUGGAACCUUCAACCAUCGCAUUCCAAAGCCACAAACAUGGCAGGAAGUGGCAGCGCAAUUGGGCAAAGAAUAUGACUGGCGCGAUUGUCGACUUAAAUGGCAGAAUUUGAGGGUCACUUAUAAAUGCAAUCUAAUAAAAAUCGCAAAAAAGCAAGCCGAAACGGGAAUUGAUAAUGAAGUUCCCAGAGUAUUAUGGCGAUUUUUUCAUUUGAUGGAGUUCAUCACCAAAAAAAGGAAACAUCAUCAUCAACAGCAUAAUAUGUCUGAUUGCGCCUCAAAUUUCAAUGAGGCUGAGAGCGAUUGCACAAUGAGUUUGGAUCCAGAAUUGACGAAUGCAUCUUGUUCAACCAUGACUUCCCAGCAACAUGUGGACUUUAUACAAUGUCCCUCUAGUACAAUCAAGCAAGAAGUAGCCGAAACACCUCCACCAUUAAUUGCCAACACUUUUAUGAAAACCCCUUCACCUCCACCAAUAAUUGGCAACACUUUUAUGAAAACCCCAUCACACUUAAAUAAUGUUUCACGGAAGGAGAUGAAUAAUACAAAUGAUGAAUAUGCAUGCUUCGGUAACUUUAUUGCAUCUGAACUUCGAAGUCUUCCGCCGGAACAUUCGUUUGCUUUGAAACGUCGAUUGAAUCGCACACUCUUGGAAUACUGGGAUGAAAUGCAGAUACAAAUGGAGAAUUUGACGGUUCCUAAAACAGAAGAUUUCGAAAAUAUUGUGUAGUCAAUUAAAGAAAAGAUGUUUGAAGCGUUUAGAUGAUAAAGAAUCUAGAAAAAGUAUACAAAUUUUGGUUGGACAGAAAUUUAAGUCGACAUUCAGGCUCUUCGUCUGUGAGAGAAAAGCAAAAUUUCAAAACAUGUCACUUAGGACUUUUAUCA